CGAGAGGGCACGCGACAUGCAUUGAUGACCUGCUGGUGCUCCCCCUGUGUUCCUCUCAAGCGGGUUCGUUCAGAAGAAGCCUUUUUUUCUCCUUGCUUCGUCCACCAGGUUGAAAAGCACCACUCCACUCCAGUCCUGCAGCCCCCGGCUUCCUCCUCCCAGCAGUUCCGCAUACCCCCCUUAUCCUCCCACAACACCCUCCUCGCAAUGCACUUCAGGACCUGUCUCGCCGCCUCGCGGGCCCUCGCUGCCCGGCCUCUAGCCCGCUUCCAGCAGCAACGAUGCACACUCGCCUCCGCCGCGUCCGCCGCCGCCAAACCAUCCACCACCACGGCCGACAAGAAGGUGCCCAACACCCAGCUGUACGUCAAUGGAGAGUUCUUUGAAAGUCAGGCCGAUCAGUGGUUUGAACUACGGAACCCGGCAACCCAAGAGCUCGUAACGAUGGUCCCGCAAGCGACCCCAAAGGAGCUCGAGUACGCGUCCCGCACGGCGGCAGAGGCGUUCAAGACGUGGAAGAAGACGAGCGUGUUGGCGAGGCAGAGGGUCAUGAUGAAUUUGCAGCUGCUUGUUAGGGAUAACAUGGAUGCGCUUGCGACGUCCAUCACGACCGAGCAGGGAAAGACGUUCCCGGAUGCGAAGGGGGAUGUGCUGCGUGGGUUGCAAGUUGUUGAGAACGCCUGUGGUAUACCCUCCCUCCUCAUGGGCGAGAAGUUGCCUGUGGCCACCGACAUGGACACGUUCACAAUCCGUGAACCGCUUGGGGUUGUGGGUGGGAUUGCGCCCUUCAACUUCCCUGCUAUGAUUCCCUUGUGGAUGUUUCCAUUGGCCGUCGCUACCGGAAACACCUGCAUCAUGAAGCCCUCUGAGCGGGAUCCGGGAGCCAUGAUGUUGCUGGCGAAGCUGGCUGAGGAGGCUGGUUUGCCCAAAGGUGUGCUUAACGUCGUUCACGGUGGAAAGGACACGGUAAACUUCAUGUGCGACGACCCGGCCAUCCGCGCCCUCUCGUUCGUCGGCGGCGACAAAGCCGGCCGGUACAUCUUCGCCCGCGGAACCGCCAACGGUAAGCGGGUGCAAGCCAACCUCGGCGCCAAGAACCACGGCGUGAUCAUGCCGGACGCCAACAAGAACCACACCCUGAACCAGCUGGUCGGCGCUGCAUUCGGAGCUGCUGGACAGCGGUGCAUGGCGCUUUCCACCGUUGUGUUUGUGGGGAAGGCGAAGGAGUGGAUGCCGGAGCUUGUGGAGCGUGCCAAGGCGUUGAAGGUCACGGGCGGGUUUGAGGACGGCGCCGAUUUGGGCCCGCUUAUCACCCCGCAGGCUAAACAUAGGUGUCUCGAGCUUAUCCAGUCCGGCAUCGACGAAGGCGCCACCCUCCUCCUCGACGGGCGCAACCCCACCCUCCCGCACAAAUACCAGGCCGGCAACUUCAUCGGCCCCACCAUCCUCGGCAACGUGACCCCUUCGAUGCGCUGCUACACUGAGGAGAUCUUUGGCCCUGUCCUCGUUGCGCUGUUUGCCGAUACACUCGACGACGCGAUCAGGAUCAUCAAUGGAAACCCGUAUGGGAAUGGAACGGCGAUUUUCACAAACUCGGGCGCGGUCGCGAGGAAGUUCACCGAGGAGAUUGAUGUUGGCCAAGUUGGCGUCAACGUCCCGAUCCCCGUCCCCCUCCCCAUGUUCUCCUUCACCGGCUCCCGCGGCUCCAUUAUCGGCGACCUCAACUUCUACGGCAAGUCGGGCGUCCAGUUCUACACCUCCAUCAAGACCGUCACCCAGCUGUGGAGGCAUGAGGACGCGACGACCACCGAGGCGGCUGUCAACAUGCCGACGCAGCAUUAAGCGGGUGCACCGGCGCGGGUGGACACGACAGUCUAUGUAUUUGUGCAUUUGGGUAGGAUAGCAUAGCAUUACACCCCAUUUUUUUUCGUACCCCUUCAUUUCAGGUAGUCCAUACUACUGUAGUCUCCGACAAAUGUCAGUUCGGCUUUCAUCAUCAUCGGCUGUGAUGUUCGCGAGUGGAUCGGAGCGGAAGCUGCGCACGGCAAUAACCAAACUCGCCUGGUUUCUGUUCUUGCGCCUGUACACGCAGGGAUAUCGCCGCGCCCGCCAGAAACCCUAUACGUGUUCGGCUUCCAUUGGCGAAUAUCCCAUCUAUGUGACUGACAUGGGGUCUUUUGCAGUGGUGUACAUACGGUCUGAGGUGAGGAUUGAUGUUACAGUUUCCCAUCA